AAUCACCAUCCAAGUAUGAAACACAAUUACGUUUUCUAUUACCACGCAUAGAGGGUCUGUGUCGGUUGCGCAGCAGACACCCCACGCUAACAGUUACAGUUCGGCUCCCACACGAGGGGGAAUCCGACACUCUGGCACCAUCACCGGCAGGCUGCGUGCAUGAAAUUGUACUUGCAGCAACUUACCACAGACGAUGCCACAGGUUGUCUAAGGAAGUAAGUUCAAAACAAUUCAUGAGAAAAUACGUAGCGACGGGACGGUGCAAUAUAUGCAACCAAUGCACAGACGAUGCACAGCAUCAUGUACCAUCAUUCCCNGAGGGGGAAUCCGACACUCUGGCACCAUCACCGGCAGGCUGCAUGCAUGAAAUUGUACUUGCAGCAACUCACCACAGAUGA